AUGCAGAGGCUCUCGCAGGGGGCACUCCGCCGCCUCCUCUCGCCGCCGUUCGCCGCGGCAGCUGCUCGCUGGGCAGCGCCGGUGACAGCGGAGGCAGGGUCCGGAGGAGGAAUCCCCAUCUUACGCUUCGGCAGCAGCGCCGGGGUUGCGGCGACUGGUUGGAGUGGCGGAUCAGGGAUCCGCUUGUGCCGUAGGUUCUGCACCUACAACGAGAGAGAUGACAGGGCACUUGAGGAAGAAGUUGAAAAGAAAUUUGGAUGGAUGUUGAAGAUAUUCUUCAUAGGAACUGCUGGCCUUGUUGGGUGGCAAUUCUUUCCUUACAUGGGGGAUAACCUACUACAGCAAUCCAUUACGCUUUUACAUGUCAAAGAUCCCUUGUUCAAGCGGAUGGGAGCUUCCCGAUUAGCUCGUUUUGCAAUUGAUGAUGAAAGGAGAAUGAAGGUGGUAGAGAUGGGGGGAGCUCAAGGAAUUCUUGAAGUGUUAGAAGGUGCUAAAGAUGAUAAAACACGCAAAGAAGCCCUGAAAGCUCUUGUGGCACUUUCGAAGUCAGAUAAAGCUGCGGAGUUUUUGGACAAGGCAGGUGCCUACGCCAUCGUCACUUCCACUCCGAAUUCCCCUGAAUAUAACGAGAUCGAGACCUGCAAGACUAGCCUUCUUAAGGCGUUUGAUCAACUGAAAUCGUGAUGGCCAAGGGCCCUGAGUAAAUUCAUCUACAUGUUUCCUCUAGACUGGAAUUUAAUGGUACCUUUACUUUAAUUGAGGCAAGAAAGCCAGGUCGGUGCACUUCUUUUUUUUCCCUGAGUGUUCCAGCUUGACACCUCGGUUUUGUCGCUGGAAACCAUUUUGUCUGAUACAUUUGUUCCAAACAAGUUUGGGGUGCUUUCUUUGUAUGAUGGGGAUCUAUGCAGCUAUUUAUUAGUUAUGUGAUUGAAUCAGGUUAUAAUGUUAAUAAUCACUAAAGUAUUCUAUGUUUG